AAGAUGAGGAUACUGGUUGUAUUUGUCGUCGUUUCCGUCUCCUCAACAUUGGAGGAAGUAGCAUCAACCGAAAAAAGUUUGUUCACUAUCGAGGGUAAUUGCUUCUUAUGUUUUACGUAUUAUUUGUCUGUGAACUGUAAAUCUCAGGUAGUGUUCCCGCUGUCGGAAAUCUCUGAUCGCAAAUGGGCAGCUAACUCUCGUGUCCUUCUUAAUCAUGGCGAGUAUAUAGGAUUUGUUCGCGAAGAUGGUUCUUUCGUCGUAGAUAAUGUCGCAAGUGGAAGUUAUAUCGUACAAGUAGAAAAUGUUGAUUUUGUUUUCGAGCCGAUUCGCGUUGACAUCACAGCGAAGGGAAAGAUUCGUGCCCGGAAACUCUCUGUAUUGCAGCCAAAUGUGGUUAACCAACUGCCAUAUCCCUUAAAGUUGAGCGCACGGGAGCCUACAAAAUAUUUUCGAAAACGUGAAGAGUGGCGGAUCACCGACAUGUUGAUGAAUCCUAUGGUACUAAUGCUGGUUUUGCCAUUGCUGAUCAUGCUAAUAAUCCCAAAGUAUGUUUUCACCACAUUUUUAUUUCUUUCGCAGUAA